GAACAACUUUGUGAAAUGUAUUGUUGAGGGUGAGUUGGUAUAUAAGCCACCUAGCUUUCGACCGUAAGAGAAGCAUCAAACACAUCACCAGCCAGCUCAUCAAUUCAGUCUCCUUUCCUCUUUUACUUUGCAAUUUCCUUGUUUCCUUGGUCAAAUCUCCUUCUCUCAGCUUUCUUCAAUCUUCACGAAAAGCGUUGAUCGCAUUCAAUCUUUCUCACGACUCCUUGGUCUUCACAACUUUCAGCAAUCUUUCCACCAUCCACAACCGCCAACAUGCCUGUCCCCAGCUACGGUACCAUGCCUCUAAGCAAGAUGUUUCUCCUCGUCCGCAUCCUCCAGGCCCUCUGCAUGGUCAUCAUUAUCGGCAUCUGCAGCAACUUCGUUCAGAUGAUCGUCGUUACCGGCGCCGAGCCGCCCAAGGAGUUCGUCGGCACCCUCAGCGUCACGUGCAUCGCAACCCUCUACGUCAUGGUCAGCAUCGGCUACUACUGGUCCUUCGCCAACCUCGGACUGCUCGUCAUGGCCUCCAUCGACUCUCUCCUGCUCAUUGCGUUCAUCGUCUGCGCCGUUACGCUCGGCAAGCCCAUGAGCUAUCUCAACUGCUAUGUCAUCGGCAAGUCGAGCUAUGAGGUUGACGCAGCCAACGCCUACGCGUUUGUCACCUCUGCGAGCCAGAAUAUAAAGGAGUGGAGUGGUUCAAGUGUUUGGAACUGGGCGGGUGCGACAAAGAACAACUGCUUCCAGGGCAAAACUGUCUGGGGUCUCAGCAUCGCUCUCUGUAUCCUCUUCACUACUUCUUGUGCCCUCCUGCCUACCCUCUGGUACAAGAACAAGAAGGCCACGCCUGCGCCCAAAGCCGUCGAGGAGGCUUAAGUGCUCAGCUGGAUCGGCACCACCGCACUUCUUCAACUGUCACGGUCAUCCAAGGCGACCCUGUCAUCGUCAUCGAGGGGAGUCUGGCUCUUGACUGAUACUCUUAUCUUCCAACGUGUUCUCCAAACUCAUAAAAUAUGCGUUGCGCGGCGUUUGGAUCUGUUUUCCUACUGUCGCUACCGAUUUACACGAUGCAAAUACUGCAGGCCGAUAGUCAUAAUGAAUCAAAAUCAUUUGUUGAGUGAGA